UUUGUUUUGAUGUGCAUUAAAUUUUGAAUGAUAUUUGUACAAUUGUCACUAUUUCACUUCUAAAUAUUUGUUUUUCCAAAAUAUUAAUUUUGAGAUAAUUAAACCAAUGGUCUUCGCCUUUUCAGCCAAUGCCCGAUACUGUUAUAAUUGUCAGAGGAAAACAAAAUGGUGCUGGAAAGUACAAUUAUCUGCGUUGACAACAGCGACUUCAUGCGAAAUGGGGACUUUGUUCCCACUCGCAUGCAAGCUCAACAAGAUGCUGUCAACCUUGUGUGCAUGUCGAAGACAAGAUCUAAUCCUGAAAACAAUGUUGGACUACUCAAGAUGGCAAACGCGGAAGUGUUGGUUACUUUAACUUCCGAUGUCGGCCGCAUCCUUGCUCGUCUGCACCAGGUUCAGCCUUCGGGGAACAUCAACUUCCUCACGGCAGUCAGGGUGGCUCAUCUCGCCUUGAAGCACAGACAAGGACGCAACCACAAGCUCCGGAUUGUUGUCUUUGUUGGAAGCCCUGUAGAUGUUGAUGAGAAGGAGAUAGUGAAAAUUGCCAAAAGACUGAAGAAAGAAAAAGUCAACGUGGAUGUAGUCAACUUUGGAGAGGAGGAUGUGAACACUGAUAAAUUGACUGCGUUUGUGAAUGCUAUCAAUGGCAAAGAUGGAUCAAGCUCUCACCUGGUCACCGUGCCGCCGGGCCCCAUGUUGUCAGACGCUCUUCUGAGCUCCCCGGUCAUCGUGGGAGAGGACGGGGCAGGAGCCAACAUGACCGGCGCUGGCUUUGAGUUUGGCGUCGAUCCCAACGAGGAUCCCGAGCUGGCUUUGGCUUUACGUGUGUCCAUGGAGGAGCAGCGAGCACGUCAAGAGAAAGAAAUCCGGGACACGACCACGGCCAACACAGGAGAGUCUGGCGCUGUCUCAGCAGCGUCAGCGGAGGAAGAGCUGCUGGAGAGAGCCCUGGGCACAUCCACAAACCCCGAGGAGUCGGCCCCUCAGUCGGUCAACCCGACCCCCAGCGGGCUGGACUUUGCCUCCAUGUCGGAGGACGAGCAGAUUGCUUAUGCCAUGAGGCUCUCCAUGGAAAACUCGGCUGUCAGCGAUGAUAACACACCAGCCCCAAUGGAGACGGAAGACAGUGCAGGAGCGUCGGCUAAGUCAGGAGAUCAGAAAAAGGAGGAGGAGGAGGACUACUCAGAGGUGAUGAACGACCCCGAUUUCAUCCAGAAUGUUCUUCAGAGCCUGCCCGGUGUGGACCCCAACAGUGAGGAUAUACAGAGCGCCAUGAGUAGUCUGACCAAGAAGGAGGAAAAGAAGGAUGACAAAAACCCAAAGUGAGAUCCCUGACUGACUGCACGAGAUGAAACUUGGAAGUAGAAUCUUGAGUUUAUCGUGAAAGAGUACCGGAAUGAGUAUUUGAUGGUAUGAAUAGAUUGUGAAAGAAAAUGGUUUGAUAGUGUUGUGAUGGCUUUUGCUCUCAUUGGGAAGAUAAAGGAAUUAAAUGCAUUUUUUUUGCAAAUGACCAGCUGUAUUAUUUUACUUGAAUGCUUCACUUUGUCAUCAAGCUGUUCAACCGUUCUAAGUCCAGAAAAGUCAAAUUUUUCAGGAGAGAGAUCAAACUUUUAUCCUUUUCAAAGUUGUACCUACAUGGUGUAUCUUGUCUUGCUUUUUUUUCAACAUUUAGAAUUUUAAUUUCUGCAAAAUAUUUCUUGUUCCCGUGCAACCGAUACAGCAAUAUGAAAAAUUUCAAAUUUUGGGCUUAUUACACCUGAACAGCUGGCCCAUGAUACAGUUUUCCCCCAUAUCUUUCCUUGUUUUUUGUUUGUAUUUUUCCUCUGUGAUUUGAAUGGAAUUAUAGUACGUUAUGUUUGGGUUGAAGUGAGUGUUCUAUCUCGCUGUUUUGUCUUGUUUGAUGACUGAGUGUCCGUAAUCAUUACUACUUUUAAGUUGAGAGUGUCUGAUGAGUGAUUUGAGUCGUGUCAUUUGUACGUUUUACAAGAUUUUGAGUUACUGUGUGUCCUUUACUUGGAAGUGUGUAUGGCUACAAUCUUUUGAAACCGUGCUUUGCUGCUUCAAAAAUGAGCAAGGACAACAGACUCCAAAAAUGUGCAGUACGUCCUGUCUCUUUGUGGCUGAUGGAUGAAUGAAAGAAUUUGGCAGCUGGAAGCUGAUAUUUGGUAAAUAAUUUCUUCAGAUACAAUUGCAACACUGGUUCUCCUUUUUGUGUGUUUUGUUCGUACAAUAAAGCGAUUAUGUUCGUGUAAA